CCCUCUACAGGGACGUCAUGCAGGAGAACUAUGAGAUGGUGACCUCACUGGGAUUCCCCAUUCCCAAACCUGAGCUGAUCGCCCGGCUGGAACGAGGGGAAGAGCCAUGGGUGCCGGAUCUCCAGGCCUGCGAGGAAAGAAGGCUUCCGAGAUGCCCCCAUACAGCAGGCGCUGAGCGAGGGAGUGAGAAUGAGGAGGGGAAUCAUCAUGAGGAAGUUCCCGGGCAAGUGGAACCACAGGGCACCUUUGUGGAAAGAGCUGAAGGGAAUUUUCCCCAGUGCUUGGAGCAGGGAGAAUCCUGGGGAAAUUGGCACAGGUCAGAGAGGCUUCUGGGAAACUAUCCAGGGAAGAAAGUGGAUGAAUCUAGUAAUGCUGGGGGAGGAGAGGAGGAUCCCAGAGCGCAGCAGACAAAUCCCAAGGAAGAAACACCCUGGCAGUACCUUCAGUGUGGGAAAGGGUUCACUGUGAGAUCACAGCUUGUGACACAUCCGACAAUCCUUACUGGAGAGAAACCCCUUCAAUGCUUGGACCGUGGGGAAAGCUUCAAUAAGCUCUCCGAUGUUAAUAACCACGGGAGAAGCCACAGUGGAGAAAAACGCUCUCAAUCCCUCGAAUGCGGGAAAUGUUUCAUUUCAAAGACACAAAUAAUUAGACAUCAAUUAAGCCACACAGGGGAGAGACCCCACAAGUGCUUGGAUUGUGGAAAAAGUUUCAUAACGAGGUCACACCUUGUUGAACAUCAGGCAAUCCACACAGGAGAGAGACCCCACAAGUGCUUGGACUGUGGAAAAAGUUUCAUAAGAAGGUCACACCUUGUUCAGCAUCAGGCAAUCCACACAGGGGAGAGACCCCACAAGUGCUUGGAGUGUGGGAAAAGUUUCAGAAGAAAGUCAAACCUUGUUAAACAUCAGGCAGUCCACACAGGAGAGAGACCCCACAAGUGCUUGGAGUGUGGGAAAAGUUUUAUACAGAUGUCACACCUUGUUAAACAUCAAGCACUCCACACAGGAAAGAGACCCCACAAGUGCUUGGAGUGUGGGAAACGUUUUAUAGAGAGAUCAAACCUUGUUAAACAUCAAGCACUCCACACAGGAGAGAGACUCCACAAGUGCGUGGAGUGUGGGAAAAGUUUCAUAGAGAGGUCAAAACUUGUUAGACAUCAGGCAAUCCACACAGGAGAGAGACCCCACAAGUGUUUGGAUUGUGGGAAAAGUUUCAUAACAAGGUCAUACCUUGUUCAACAUCAGGCAGUCCAUACAGAAGAGAGACCCCACAAGUGCUUGGAGUGUGGGAAAAGUUUCAUAAGAAAGUCAUACCUUGUUAAACAUCAGGCAAUCCACACAGGAGAGAGACCCCACAAGUGCUUGGAGUGUGGGAAAAGUUUCAUAGAUAGGUCAAACCUUGUUAACCAUCAGGCAAUCCACACAGAAGAGAGACCCCACAAGUGCUUGGAGUGUGGGAAAAGUUUCAUACGAAAGUCAAACCUUGUUGGACAUCAGGCAGUCCACACAGGAGAGAGACCCUACAAGUGCUUGGAGUGUGGGAAAAGUUUCAGGAGAAAGUCACACCUUGUUCAACGUCAGGCAAUCCACACAGGAGAGAGACCCCACAAGUGCUUGGACUGUGGGAAGAGUUUCAUAGAGAGGUCAAACCUUGUUAAACGUCAGGCAAUCCACACAAAAAAGAGACUCCACAAGUGCUUGGACUGUGGGAAAUGUUUCAUAAGAAAGUCACACCUUGUUGAACAUCAGCCAAUCCACACAGGAGAGAGACCCCACAAGUGCUUGGAUUGUGGAAAAAGUUUCAUAAGAAAGUCACACCUUGUUAAACAUCAGGCAGUCCACACAGGAGAGAUCCGACAGGUGCUUGGACUGUGGGAAAAGUUUCAAACGGAAGUCAGACCUCAUUAUACAUGGAGGAAUCCACACGAGAUGUAAACUUCUGUGACAAAUGGCAAGAAAGGGUUAAGCAACUUGCAUGUAAUUGACUCAGAUUCAACUUUUAUAGGGAGGUUUUAAAAGUUUGUCCACCUUAGCUAAUCUAGAGUUUGAAAUGUAAAUGUGCAUUUUUAAAGACUUGGAAGAAGAGGGUAAGUCAUGUCUGAGUAACCUAAUUGCCUUCUUUCAGGAGAUAACUGGCUCUGUGGAUGAGGGGAGAUCAGUGGAGAUGUUAUUCCUUGACUUUAGGAAAGCUUUUGGUAUGAUCUUCCACAGUAUUCUUGCCAGCAAGUUGAAGAAGUAUGGGCUGGAUGAAUGGACCAUUAAGUGGAUAGAAAGCUGUCUAGAUCAUCGGGCUCGGUGGGUAGUGAUCAAUGGCUCCAUGUCUAGUUGGCAACCGGUAUGAAGCAGAGUGCCCAAGUGUUGGUCCUGGGGCCGGUUUUGUUCAAUAUCUUUAUUAUUGAUCUGGAGGAUGGUGUGGACUGCACUCUCAGGAAGUUUGCAGAUGACACUAAACUGGGAGGAGUGGUAGUUACGCUGGAA